CUUUCAUCAUCUAAGCAAGUGGUUAGCGAGGUGGUCGGAGACUAGGAGCUUCUCGUAGUUCUCGAUCUGUGUUGUACGUAUAAGCAAGCAUGAACGCCGAAGAGGGCAAGCUGGUGGUCCGGGGGCGUGCUGAGAUUGACACCAGGGCACCUUUCAGGUCUGUCAAGGAAGCAGUGAUGUUGUUUGGUGAAAGAGUUUUAGUUGGGGAAAUCUAUGGAAACAAGCUCAAAGAGAUUGAAGCUGCAGGAGCAAUUGAGAAAGGACGUGCUCAAUCCCAAGUGGAAGUCUUAACAGCUGAGCUUGAAGAAGCACAGCAAAAUCUGCAGAAAGCGAGAGAAGAAAACAAAUUAAUGGCAUACCGUAUAAAGUCUCUCAGAGAUGAUCUUGACCAUGCAAGGAGAGAGCUGUACAAUUACGUGAAGGCAAGAGAACAGUUUCAAAAGCACCCGGUUGAUCAUCAGGAUCCUGAAAUUGAAGACUUUAAAUUCGUCGAAAAUGCUACGGAGUUUGAAACUAAGAGGGCAUUGAACCAAAACGAAGAGGAGUUUCAGAAGAAAAGAUAUGUGAAAUUUGCUAGUCCUCCUUCACUUACCCAAGUCAUUGUUAACAAAGAGGAUAUACAAGAAGAGGGGCUCAAAGAGUCAUCUUCUGUUAAGAAGAUGAACAAGAAGAAGCCUUUAAUAGGCUGGCUUUUCAUCAAAAACAAGGCCCUUCAAGCAGGGUCUCCAAGAUCAGGCUAGCUGAUGCUCUCACCAGAUUAAUAAAAUUAUGAAGCAUGCAAACGUAUUUUCUUUUGGCUUUUGUUUCGUUUCUGGACGUACUUCAAUAUAUAACGUUUGUACUUGGUCAUGAGCAAAGUUAGGAAGGACGUACUUAAAAGAAAUCAAAGGGUACGGUCUUGCUGCCUUGCCUUAGAUGGUUUUUGA